UCCACCCCAGGAAGAGGAUGCUGCUGGCAGUGAAGCCCUCCUGAACCCAAGUGGAGAAGACCUGGAGAAGCUGGGAUGGUGGGCUCCAUCGACGCUUCCCGGGCCCCGCUUGCUGGUUGCUUAGAAGGCCAAGGGAACUCUGGAGUCCAGCAGGAUUGGAAGACCAUUUCCCAACAUGCCUAAGAGCCUGACACCUUCAAAAGAGGCUCGCCCAGCAUAUGGACCAUACCUGGGAUACAAGGGGCCCUCUGGAUCUGGGACCUCUUGGCCAAUGUUUCUUCUAGCAGGUCACAUCUUGAGCUCCUCUUGCUUCUUGUUGACUCGCGCUGAGAACAUUACCAUCCCUGUCACGUCCGAUCCAUGGCUACCUCUGGUUGGAACAGAAGUCACCAUCCUGCCCGCAGGAGACUUGAACGAUGUCAUUGCCUGCUCUUGGUAUCGAGGAGAAAUGGCCGACCAGAGUCUCAUCCUGACAUUCGAACCAUCCGAGUCAAAGUACAACUAUGGAAAAGCCUACACGAAGCGGGAGACUCUGAAAGAGCGCUGUUCCCUCCACAUCAAUAACCUGACAAUGCAGGACAGUGGCUUCUACUCCGUGUUAAAGCAAAAGGGUGAAAACAAGGCCUCUGAAAUUGGGAAAGUGUUCUUACUGAUAGCAGAACAAAUGAAACAGAAAGGCAAACUAACUGCCAAAGCUGUGGCUGGCAUCAUUGUGGGGACCCUUCUCGGUGUCAUGGGGGUCACCGUCCUGUUGGUUUACCAGACUUCACGAACCUCUGGAAGAAUACUGCAAAUCCGGCAUUGAGUAGCAGCCUCAUAUAUUUAAAGUGAAAAUAAAAAGAGACCCUCCUUGGCCAGAGUGUUGCCAGCAUUCAAGAAUGGGACACUAUCCUCCAGCCUCUUUCA